AGCCGGAACAGCCUGCCAGACCUGCUUCACGCAGAUCCUCAGGAUAGGUCAUCAAUAUUAGGGGCUGGACAACACCUUUAAGCCUGUUGGGAAAUAUUUCAUAAGGACGUGGUUGGGAAAGUUCAGCAGUGCGGCGGAGGGGCGGCACAUGACAUCUAUAAAAGGGAAGGGUCUUGACAACAAAUUUAAUUAGAAAGUCCAUGUGGAGUCUUUAAGACCGGUGUAAACUUCUUGAGGCCGUCAUGCGUGUGCCAGUACUACUCCUGUUUGGAAUGGUGUUUGGGCUCUGUAGCAGUGAUCAGUCAUGUCCGGAAGUGAAAGUUUUAGGGAUUGGGGACACAGACAAAUUAUCGAUUCUUCGAGGCUGCCCUGGUCAUCCUGGACUUCCGGGUCAAAAAGGAGAUGUUGGGGCCCCAGGAGAAAAAGGGCAAAUGGGAUCCAUGGGGGGACCAGGAAAGGUUGGACCUCCUGGUGAAAAAGGAGAGAAAGGAGAUAGAGGGACGACUGAGACAGUCUAUGCUGCCAGGAACUGCAAAGAAAUACAACAUCAGGGGGCAGUCCUCAGUGACUGGUACACCAUAUACCCAGAUGGCAGCCGUCCCCUGAAAGUCCUGUGUGAUAUGGACACAGAUGAUGGAGGAUGGAUUGUAAUACAGAGACGUUGGGAUGGGUCAGUAGACUUCUUCCGCACUUGGAAUGCUUAUAAGAAAGGCUUUGGAAGUCGGCUAAGUGAAUUUUGGCUGGGGAAUGACAAUAUUCAGCAAAUAACUUCAACAGGAACAUGGGAAUUACGUGUUGAUCUACAAGAUUUUGAAGGCAAAAUAGUGUUCGCCAAGUAUGCAAGCAUCAAAGUAUUGGAUGAAUCUGAGAAAUAUGCAUUAUUAAUUGGAGCCUAUCAGGAAGGAACUGCAGGAGAUUCUAUGGGAGGACUAAACAACAUGAAGUUUAGUACUAAAGAUGAAGACAACGACACUAAUGAGGGCAGUUGUUCCUUAAUAUUUAAAGGUGGCUGGUGGUAUGGCAGUUGUCACGGGGCAAACCUUAAUGGACUCUACCACCUAGGAGAGCACACAUCCUAUGCAGAUGGCAUCAACUGGAAUACUGGCAGAGGGCUCCAAUACUCGUACAAGCAUGCGGAAAUGAAGAUUAGACCUGUUUAGAUGGAGGAACAGCCUCAGCAAUUUGUGGAUUUUCAAAUAUUUGUAAAAAAAUUCUUGUACCCCCCCUGAAGGAGAGCGCAUCCGGCGCUCCAACAAACUCCCUAACCCCGACAAGAAGAGUCCAGGCAGCACUGACAGGCGGCGCUGCGUGAGAAGAUCUCCACCAGCCCAGAGGAGACCAGGAGGGGAAAACCAAGCAGUCAAGCUGCUCCACUAAAGAGCAAAGGGAGAAGGGAGGCAGAGAUCAAGCAGCUGCUGAGUCCUGCCCUGGAAGACUAAGUAUUGCUUUCCCUGUCCUCCCUCCUCCUUAACCCCUGCUGCCCUGAACCCCUGCUAUCCUUCCCUGCAUUGCCCUGGGAUCCCCUGCAUUCUCACUGCCCCCUGCCAUUAACCCCUUCAGUACCCAGCAGCCCCCCUGUGGACCCUGUAACCCCACAGCAUUGCUGCUGCCCUUAACCCCUGCUGAACUCCCAGCAGCAGAUUAACUCCUGCAUUCAGUGCCCAGAAGAGCCCUGUACUGCAGAGUCCCUGUACCCCAGUACUCUAUCCCUGCCCAGUGGAAUCCCUGAAAUCGCCACAGGUGUUAACCCUUUCCUGGGUUACCCCUUGCCCUGCCUUUCCCAGAACCACCCUGUGUUCCUUGGCCUGCAUGUAUCUACCCCUGCAGUGCCACAAUUGUGUGUUUAACCCCUUGUACCCCGUAGGGAGAGUGAGUAGCCAGGCGGGCGGGUUACCGAUAUUUGUGAGAAUGUAAAUGUAUUAUUGUAAUUGUAGUUAGAUUCUGGGGAGGACUUGGGACUGUGUUGGUGUAGUUAGAACCGUAUUGGUGUGUUGUUAUAGUGUGUGUACUUAUAUUGCUGUGUGCUGCUAUAAAUAUAUAUAUCUAUUCCAUUGAUAUAGAUAUAUAUAUUUAUAAGCAAAUAUUAGACUGUAACGUGUAGUGUCUUAAUAAAUAUCUUUUAUUUAA